UGGUUGGAUGUCGCGGUCUUGGAGGAGAUGAGGGACUUUCAGACGGAGAUAAGAAGGCUUAAGGAAGCAGUUGCAGAGAGAGAGCAGAAGCUGCUGCUGCUAGAGAAGACUUUGUACGACGCAGGAAAGGAAACCACACGAGUUAAGCUAAUGGUGUGCCUGCUAGUGGUCAUAGGUUUGGUAAUCUUGGUUCUACAUGGAGUAGCUGCGAAGGCUUCAAUGGGGACUAUUCUAUCACAUGUCCAAUGGCGAAAAAAGUAAAGGUAGUUCUUUGAGGUCACGGGAGUUGUCACGGGUGGAUUUAGAGUACUGAGAGCAUUUUGGCAUGUAGCUCCUGCUCAUAAGUCACGGGUUUUCCCUUCUUGUAGUAUAAGUACUCGGAUAUGUAUGUCUUUCUCCUCAACAUCAAAAACCUUAUCAUCAAAACCUUUGUAAUAUUUUGGAACGAAAACCAUUGUAAUAUUUGUCUGCUACUUGCUUCUCUCAAUCCUUUGUAUCCAUCUCAUCAACUUGCUUCUCUGUACCAUAACCAUAAUCAGGUUUCGGUUGUUGUUUCAUAUGGCUUACAUGCAUUUUGUUUCAGUUUUACAUGCAUUUUGCUCGCUAUCGUCUUUGGCAUCUUAGGUUUUACAUGCUUGUUAAUAUGGCUUACAUGCAUUUUGUUUCAUAUGGCUUACAUGCAUUUUGUUUCAGUUUUACAUGCUUGUUAAUAUAUGUUUUAACUUUUAACUAGUUGUAUCAGUUAUAAGAACGGCUAUAUUUAUUCUCACUUUGUUUCUAGAAUUUUCUUCAUUUAUAAAAACUAGAAUCCCAAACUACCAAAAAAUAAGAAAAGAUUUAAAAGUAGAAAAAUUCAAAAUAUUUUUAACUUAUAAGAAAAAAAUAGAAAAGAUUUAAAAGUAGAAAAAAUCAAAAUAUUUUUAACUAGAAAAUAUUUAAAAGUAGAAAAAUUCAAAAUAUUUUUAACUUAUAAGAAAAAAAUAGAAAAGAUUUAAAAGUAUAAAAAUUCUAAAUAUUUUUAACUAGAAAAUAUUUAAAAGUAGAAAUAACCUAAAUAUUUUUAACUUAUAAGAAAAAAAUAUAAAAGAUUUAAAAGUAGAAAAAUUCAAAAUAUUUUUAACUAGAAAAGAUUUAAAAGUAGAAAUAAUCUAAAUAUUUUUAACUUAUAAGAAAAAAAUAGAAAAGAUGUAAAAGUAGAAAAAUUCAAAAUAUAAGAAAUCUUCUAAGCAACUUAUUAUUUAUCCACCAGGAUAAGCAAUGUCGUCAUCUUCAUCUGAUGAAAAUGAUGAAAUCGAGGAGAGAUUGGAUGAUAUUAUCGAAGAUUUCAUUGACGAAAUUUACGACGAUAUAGUGGAGGCCGAACCCAUACCGCAAAGAACCCGUAGCUAUACUGAACGACACCGCGAAGGAGGACAGCACCAGCUAAGCAAUGACUACUUCAACGACGACCAUUCGACAUAUUCGAUACAAACUUUCAGACGCCGAUUCCGCAUGAAUAAGGGAUUAUUCAUGCGUAUUGUCGAUGGCCUUGAACAAUUCUUUCCAUUCUUUCAGCAAAGAAAAGAUGCAACGGGGAGGUGGGGUCUUACUGCACUACAAAAAUGCACGGCAGCAAUUCGUCUACUUGCUUAUGGAAAUUCGGCUGACACGGUUGACGAAUAUCUCCGACUUGGUGAGAGCACUGCACUUUCUUGUUUACAUCAUUUCACUGAUGGGAUAAUACAGUUAUUCGGAGAUGAGUAUCUGCGACCACCCACAGCAGAGGAUCUUCAACGACUACUCGAUAUGGGAGAGAAACGAGGGUUUCCUGGGAUGGUCGGGAGCAUUGACUGUAUGCACUGGGAGUGGAAAAAUUGUCCAACCGCUUGGAAAGGACAGUACGCCCGUGGCCACGGAAAACCGACUAUUGUUCUAGAGGCCGUAGCUUCACAAGAUCUUUGGAUUUGGCACGCAUUUUUUGGUCUUCCAGGUACCUUAAAUGAUCUUAAUGUCCUCGAUCGAUCUCCUGUGUUUGAUGACCUUUUAGAAGGUCGAGCUCCCAGUGUGAGGUACAUGGUCAACAACCACAUGUAUAAGUUGGCAUAUUACCUCACAGAUGGUAUAUAUCCAAAAUGGUCAACAUUUAUCCAAACUAUCGCACUCCCUCAAAGUCCUAAACAACAGUUAUUUGCUCAAGUUCAAGAAUCAGUCCGAAAAGAUGUCGAACGGGCUUUUGGAGUAUUGCAAGCUCGGUUUGCGAUUGUGAAAAACCCGGUUCGUACAAUGGCCAAAGAGAAGAUAGGGAAGAUAAUGAGAGCAUGUAUCAUACUACACAAUAUGAUAGUUGAAGAUGAACGAGAUGGUUAUUCAAUGCGGUACGAUAUUUCAGAAUUUGAAGAAGGAGAAUCUUCCAGAACUUCGGAGGUCCUAAACGCAAACCCUACACUAAACGAAAUCCCGACAAUUCUCAAUAAUAUAUUUCCCAACCGAAAUGAUCUUCGUGAUAGGCAAACUCAUGAACGAUUGAAGAAUGAUUUGAUCGAAAACAUUUGGAAUAAAUUUGGCGAUGAAGAUUAAUAAUUAGUAUCUUUAUAUUUAAACCUUGUAUCUUUUAAUCCUUGUAUCUUUAAAUUGAAUCCUUGUACCUUUUAUUUUAAUUAUGCAAUUAAUAAAUUUUCAAUUUCAAUUUUUAAAAAAAAAAUAAUAAUAUUUUAAUGUUAAGGACUCCGUCUUCGGGAUCACCAUUGAACGAGCUUUUUGGACUCGAGUCCUUCACUGUUCAAACAAAAACAAAAAGCAAAAAAAUUUAUAAUAAACAAUUCCCAAGGAUCCCAAUGUGGGGAUGACCAUUGCAAGUGCUCUAAAGCUCUCUGGGCUGAACUCAUUUCUCCUAAAGUUCAUCACUGUAGCGUAGGCUCCACAUGUCGUGACGGCCCGCGAUUGGUCUUUUUUUUUUUUAAAUCAAAAAAAAAAAUUUUAAUAAUAAAAAAUUGAAAAAAUGAAUUCCAAGAGAGGGUUUGCUGAUGCUGAUGCUCUAAGCAUAAAUGUCAAGAAAAGCAUAACUUGACGUUCUCUGUUCUUGUUCAAUCGGAGACUGAUGAUCACAUCUAUUCAUAUCAGCUUGUGUCUACAUUUAAAAUUUUAAAUGUCACUGAAUAGUGUAAAACAUCUAGAUUAAAAAUAUACAAUAAAAAAUUUUAAUUUUAAUUUUUUUACAAUAGUCUAGAUUUAGCCACGAAUCAAAAUGUGACUAAUCGGUUAUUUGGUUCACGUUGUUUUGUAACAUUUCGUGACUAAAUUUAGUUGCGAAACGUUUUGUCACUAAUUAAGCCACAAAAUGUCACAAAAAUUGUUAAUGUUUUUGUGGUUUUUCGUGACAAUAGCUGUUUUCUACUAGUUAAUACUUAAACAAAAACACAUGAGCUCUUUUUUUGUCUACUAAAAUAAGCUAUAUAGGCACACCAUAAUACAGAAAGAAACAUAGGUUACGCUAUUUAACACAAAAGCAAAGUCUAAUUUAAUACAUACAAAGUGCAUAAUUUAUUGGAUCAAAAAUAUGGGAAACAAGCCCUGUAGACACCACACCCUAAUAAUAAUAUUACUCUCUUCUCCAUCCUCCGUUCCCUAGACACACACACACAUAUAAAUCAUUACAGGAAGUGAGAGAAUGUGUCGUUCAUGAGAAAAUUGGCCAUGAUGCGAUGAGUCUUCUGUGUUGGAUGAAAUGAGUCCCAAAACACAUACUUGUCUGCGUUUGAACAUGUGAAUGGAUUAUUCCUUUGGCAACUAUAUCCCAUCUCGAACAUCCCCGUCGCACAGCAAGCCGCUG